AUGGGCCCCCGUACCGCCUCCUCAUGCUGCUGCCAGGCCCGUAAUCUGCCAUGGGCCCCUGUACCGCCUCCUCAUGCUGCUGCCAGGCCCGUAAUCUGCCAUGGGCCCCCGUACCGCCUCCUCAUGCUGCUGCCAGGUCCAGAGUCUCUCAUGGGUCCCUGUACGGCCUCCCAUUGCUGCUGUCUCCAUCGCCACACUCUGCCAUGUGCCACUUUCAGGUCUCCUCACACUGCUGGUGUGUUCCAUUUUGUCAUAGGGUGCUGGCAGAUUACGGGCCUCCCAUUGCUGCUGCCAGGCCCCUGUAAUCUGCCAUGGGCCCCUGUACCGCCUCCUCAUGCUGCUGCAGGUCCAGAGUCUCUCAUGGGUCCCUGUACGCCUCCCAUUGCUGCUGUCUCCAUCGCCACACUCUGCCAUGUGCCACUUUCAGGUCUCCUCACACUGCUGGUGGGUUUCCAUUUUGUCAUAGGGUGC